CUGAGGGGGACGGACAGAUACGGACGGGGCCUUCUUCUUUGGGAGAUCCGCUUCUCUUCUUUAAUCCCUCUUCUCUUCCCUUUGGCUCUAUCCUUUCCCCAGAUUUCGCCUUCUGUGGUGUUGAUAAUCCUCUUUUUUCUUUUGCACUGUUUUUGCUCAUCGUUUGCCUUCUUCCUAAUCCAAGGGAGGACAUCGGUGACACUAUCAAUCGUUUCUUUAUCUUCUCGUCGCCUAUUUAUCUCUCGCUCAAGUCACACAAUCGAGUCCCGAUCGAUCGAAAAAAAGCUACUCGCAGAAUCUACGCGAUAAUUUCCAAAUCAGACACUCGCUUUCUGUGGAGUUGCCCGACAUCCUUCUGCUCUCGUUAAGAAGGAAAAUCCUGCGUCUUCAAGGGAGAUUUCUGGAAAAGGGACAAUCUUUUCGGAUCGAGGACGCGCAAACUGUUUUGCGGCCCGCAUUCCAUCGCCCUUUAUCACUCGGUUCAACUGUCAAUCAGAAGCCCGAUAAAACGGUCGCUAUCAACAUCACGCAAAUACACCUUUAAUCACCGACAACAGCCCAAGUCGCUCGCUUGCUGGGUUGUUUCGACUGUCGUUCUUGUGUCUACUCGAUUCAACAGCAGUCGCUACCUGUUUUCGACACUUCAACGUCUUAUCUACUCUUAAUAGCCCGAUCAGAUCAUACCAUAAUACCGAACCCCUAAUUCGAGGGCGCACCCGCAUUAAAGCAUCAGUUACAUCUGUUUUUGCCCGACUAUUUCAUAUUCAUAAUGUUGCGAUCUCUUGUUGUUGCUGCCCUUUUGGGCGCCAGCUCUGUCGCUGCUGUCAAGUGCACGCGCAGCAGCCACUGUCCCGAAGACUCGCCAUGCUGCUCCACUUAUGGUGAAUGCGGUGUUGGUGCAUACUGUCUGGGUGGUUGCGAUCCCACAAUGUCCUUCUCACUCGACUCUUGUGUUCCUGCCCCCGUCUGCGAGGACCGCAAGAUGAAGAUGAACUCCCUCGAUUCAAUUGUCGAUAUCGGCAAGUAUCUUGGUGAUUCUUCAAAAGCCGACUGGGUUGCACAGGGUGAGCCUGUUGUUUUCCAGAACAACGUUCUUCUUACCAUGCCCAAGGACAGUGUUGGCACUCUGCUGUCUUCUACUGUCUACAUGUGGUAUGGUAACGUCAAGGCUCGCUUCAAGACCAGCCGUGGCGCUGGUGUCAUUACUGCCUUCAUUCUCUUCUCCGACGUCAAGGAUGAGAUCGAUUAUGAGUUUGUUGGUACAGAGCUCGGCGAUGCUCAGACCAAUUAUUACUUCCAGGGCAUCACCAACUACGAAAACUCUGAAAACAUUACGCUGUCUGACACCUUUGCCAACUUUCACGAUUACGAAAUCCGAUGGACUCCCGACAAGAUUGAGUGGUGGGUUGAUGGCAAACUCGGCCGAACUCUGCAGAAGAGUGACACGUGGAAUGCCACCUCCAAGAACUUUGACUUCCCUCAGACACCCUCUCGUGUGCAGCUCUCUCUGUGGCCUGGUGGUAAGGAGGGUAACGCCGAAGGUACUGUAGCAUGGGCUGGAGGUCCUAUCGACUGGGAUGCUCCCGAUAUCCAGAAGAGUGGUUACUACUUUGCUACCUUCUCCGAUGUUGAGAUCGAAUGUUACAACGCCAAGUCUGGUCCCGGCACCAACUCUGGUACUAGUUACUGGUACAAGGAUGCUGCUGGCACUAACGACACCAUUGUUGACGGUGACAAGAGACACACCAUUGCUUCUCUGAUGGCCACUGGUGAGGACAUGGACAAAGGAAAGAAGGAGGACAAGAAGAAGGAUAGCAAGGACGAUGACAAGGACGAUAAGGACAGCAAAGAUAGCAAGGACAAGGAUAAGGACGACGAUGAUGAUGAUGAGCCUGCCACUAUUCCUGGCGGCAGCAGCGGCGCGCCAUCCAACGACCACGGAGACGAUAGCAGCUCUGACAGCAGCUCUGGUUCCGGUUCUAGUAACACCCCCUCGGGCAACCCUGACGGCGACUCAAAUGACACUGAGCCCGCUGACACCACCAACUGUGAGACCAACAGCUUUAACCAAGACUGCGCCAGCUCGGACUCUAGCAAGAGCAGCAGCAGCUCAGAUGAUGGAAAGGGCUCCAACGCUGGCACACGGAACGGCGCAAGUGCUCUGGCCAUUAUCAUCGCCGGUGGUGCUCUUUUCUGGCUGUAGUCAGUGAUGAUGGCGUUUGAUGUCGGCCCUGCCACUCCUCCCAUUAACCUCUCUUUUUUCCCUUACCACUCCUAUAUAGCAUCUCACCGCACGUUUUCUGUUUAGCAUUUCAUGACGGUCGGCAUUGAGAUUUUGUAUGUAAUUUCUUCUCUUUCAUGUGUCCAUAUUCUGUUAGUAGAGGGACAAUAAUGGUAUAUGGUUUUGCAUGGGCUUCUUCAAAAUGAGGUAUUUUUGUUUGUUUGCUGUGCAUGUGAUGGCAUGUGAAGAAUUACUGGGCGGCUUGUUGUUUAAAUAAGUGAUCAUCUGGUCUAUGCGCCUUGUUAUGGAGAAGAUGUGUGUUUGGGAUUGAGUAGAGACGAUGGGUCAGCAGACUCCUACGGAUUUGGUGGCAUGAUGAGGACAUCCGUGUUAAGAUGACAGGUACUAAAAUCUCACGUGCAAGCGAAGGAUUAGUUAAUGAAAGCAAUGAUAAUCCGACCUGUCAGUAAAAGCAAAAUCGAGUAAGCAUAACCAUUAGUCAAAGCGUUGAGGAACGAGACAAACCAUGGCCUCGGAAGAAUGGCCAACCAAUUCAGCCCUACUCUGAAUAUGAACAUUCAUGGCAUCAUUCGACUUCAAGCUGUGUGGCCGGAGAAAAAAAAAAGGCUUUUUACCGCUGAUCCAAUCCCUUCUCAUCUUGGCGGUCUCCUAUAAACGCGAACCCCCUGC